AGAAAGUGAGAAAAGUGUGUGAAGAGUGAAAGUACACUUAGAGUAGAAGUGUAUUGGUGAGGAUUGAUUUUUUGUAAUAGCUGAGUGUGAUAUUUUGCUCCUAUUGUAAUUCUGUUCUUGAUAUUGAAUAGAAGAAUUUUCCAAUCCCAACAUAUAGAACCCAAAGAUUCUCAAGUUUCUAGGAUCCUAACCAAAACCCAAUCCAAAUUGACCGAUCCGAUCACACCCACCUAUUCUAAACCGUUUUUUUAUCCCAAUUUUCGGAUCCCAAUUUCAAUCAUAUUGGUGUAGUUAGUUCGGUUUUCAGUUUUUAUGUUCCAGAUGCGUGCCCUACUUAAGCAUGGGGCGGACUAGUCUAGUGUGCAUGAAGCAACCCCAACGACGACAGGCCUAUUAGAUUCCAACCCUAAGGCGAGCUCAACGAUCGGACCCUCUUCAACUUCAACUUGCGGCAUGUCCAAUCGGCAUAUCAUCUCUUUGUGAUAAAGAGGGAAGGCGAAAGUAUGGAGACGGAAGGUCGAUCGCCCGGCAAAGACUCUGUUUCUUCUAUCGGCAUAUCAUCUCUUUGUGAUAAAGAACGUCGGAAACGCCAUUGAAUCAAAUUGUUCGGUGACGGAACUACCAAUUCGCUUUAUGCGUAUGGUGGAAUUGGAGUCCAAGAUUUUCUUGGUGGCCGGGGACCGUAAUAUGCAUCGCAAUAGCUGUUGGAGUUAUCCUUCCAAUCGAUGAUGCCUUUCCCAGAGAAAUCUAUGAGGUGAAACAGCAUUCCGAUUCCGUGUCCAUAGUUCCUUCCACAAUCAUGCCAAAGAUGAACCAGGGGAAGGGAAUUGCAAUUGUCCAAGAGUUCGGAAGCAGGAUAUUUGUUCUGCAAAUAAACCCUGCUCUCCAAGACCGGUUGAGUGGGAGUGUUUUUGAGGUUUUCGAUUCUGCUUUUCCAGAAAGCGGUUUGGUUGCGAAAUCAGCUACACCCUUUUCUGAGGGACGGUACAUCGUGCAUGAGUACCAUCGAAUAGGGGAGAAGCUCUACUUGCAAGUGAGUUGUCAAGGAAAGAGAAGGCUUUUAGUUUUUGAUUUCAAGACAGAGGAAUGGUCCAAGGAUCACUGUUUUUUUGUGUGGAAACAUAGGUGUCAUGGCUGUCCAGUUCCUGGUUUAGAUGAAGAUAUGUAUCUCGUUUUUGGGUUCUUAAUUGUGGACUUUCCAGAAAUUCGAGCUGGUAUUUUCCCGCAAGGAAAAGGAUUCUCCUGUUAUCAAAAUGUGAACGGGAUCUUCCACUUGGAAGGAUUUGGAGGGGACAAGAUGGGGUGCACAUUUGUUGAGAUAGGGAAUCGUGACUAUCACUGGCGGAUCCAGGAAGGUAUUGGGGGCGGAAAAUUUAGUGAAGUACAUCCCACUAAAAGAGUGUAACAAAAUAUACGAAGUAUUAGAUAGAAAACAAUUGUAAUAAAGCAAACUGCAAAUACUAAGAAUUUAAUAAAGUAUACGGAGUAUUACACUUUCAAGAGUACGUCAUGAUAAAGUAGCUAGUUCAUGACUUCUCUUUGUGAGUUUUCAUCUCUUCGAUUAGGAUGAUGAAAAAAGAUUGGGGUACACACUUUUUGUACACACAAUUUGUACACUUGUCUGUCCCCCUCACAGACAAGUUGUCUGUCCACAGAUAACUUAUCUCGCAACAGACAACUUGUCUGUGGGGGACAGACAAGUGUACAAAUUGUGUGUACAAAAAGUGUAUACCCCUAGCUCCACCCUUAGGAUGAUACUUACAAACUUUUUUUCAAUUCUUUUCACGGAGUCAUAUAUAAGAAUCAAUAAAGUUUCUCCAAAAAACUUCUUAAGGCAUUGAAGCAACACAUUCAGAAAUGAGAAGUACUUCAUAUCUUAAUCUAACAUUCUGAAACAACCAAUAGUUACAGUUUUUUAUUAAAAAAAGUUAUUGUGUCUGUUAACCAUCCGAAACAGCCAACAAUUUAACAACCAAUGUUAAAUCAUAAAUAUAAUAAUAAUAUAUUUAAAUUUAUGGUGAGUUACUAUUAUAAUUUAGCUAAUUUAAUUAUAAUACAAUUAAUUCAAUUGUUCGUAUCAUUUAUAUAUAAUUAAGUUGGAAGAGAAAAGAUACAAUUCUCAGUGCUAACUGCUAAUGAAUAUAAGUUUCAGAGCUCGUUUGGUAACCUUUUUCGUUUAUCAGGC